CAAUAUAGCAUCCCUUUCGACCUGAUACAAGCCAUCACGAAGCCUUUCAGCCUACGGAUGGUGGGUGGGAGGUUACGAGGUAGCAAGAGGGGUAUGCCAGGAUCUGAUUCGCCUAUGAGGAAGAGUAAUUGCUGCGGUUCGGAUGGUUAUUGUUGACGUGAUGUCCCACAGCCUCAUGAAUCCCGUGUCGGCUAUAGAUCUAUGUCCCGCCAUGCUUUUGUCCAACGGAAUGUUGAGAAGUGCGAGAAAAUGCGGGAAAAUGCGGGAGGAGGAAUAUACCAUGCCGUAUGUAGUUGUGUUUGCGAGGUGGGAAGCAAACAGCUAGAUCGACUGCACAUUUUCCAUUGCUCUUCAUCUCCCUUCGGUUUCGUAUGUGCAGCUUCAAUAAGAAUGACGCCGAAUGUCAGACAAGCCCUUGAACUUGAACAUCUUAACUCACAGCUCGGACCUUCCCAUCACCCCCGUAUCCGUCCACCUCGUGCCAUCCGAAACAUCGAGAUGCCCUCAUUCCCGCUUGAGGCUUCUUCUCCUCUACACCACGACAACGACGGUUCAAAAAGACACAGUCCACUCCCAUUCUCUCCAACUUACACCCCCUCAUUCCCCAGUUCAGUUCCCUCCCUCCCAAACUGUGGUUCUGCUGCAACCUCAUCCAUUACCCCACACUCAACGGGGACCAAUCCAUCCAAGACAUACACCGGGUGGCCAUCCAACCGAACUUUAGGACGUGCCGGAUGUACAGUAGGUAUCCAGAAUGAGCGGCUGGUUCAUUGCCGGCCAACGUUCGUCUAUGUCUUGGCGAAUAUGGUUCCCAUCUUCAGAUCACCUCGUUACACCCUGUCACCGGCCAGUGCCCACUUAACCGGCUAGGCUUCAAGCGAUGGGUACCACCCCUCAUACAUAAGACACAUACAUACAAGUAUGCUAUCGGCAAAGACGGUUGAUCAAACGCCGGUAGUUGAAAUAAUUGGACCUGAAGAGAUGGACAAGUUCGCCCCGUGAGGAGGCAGAAUGAAACUGGACAAACAUUGGGGGUUUAGUCCGAGGGGGAGUAGUGAAUGGCGAUGAACCAUGGUGGAGGAGCCUAGAAAGAGCUGGUAUGAGGACAAAGCCACGGUAGAUACGGGAGCUGUGCAGGCGGUUUGGUGGCCAUAUGCAUAUGGAAAGAAAGGACAGAAGCGGAAUUGGGCUGUCAAUAUCAAUUAACAGACGGCCGACCGC